AUGAACUGCAUGAGUAGGCCAUAUGGCCUCUCUAGGCACUUCGAAAAGGCAAUAACAGGUGAAAUGGAAGCAUCAGAUGUGCCUUUAAGGGUACAACGACAAAAAUGGUCAUGUGGUUCAAUUAUAGUUGACGAGAGUGCCAUCAGUCGGCAUGGAGAGCAAGGGGCAUGUAAUAAGAUGGGCUAA